AUGAACUGCAAUGACGCCACUCUUGGCAAGCCUGAGGGAGAGCUUACUCCUUCUCAGGAGCAAGUUUUUCAGAAAACUGACAGGCUGUUCAGGGCUGCUCUGUUAUCUGUACUUGGAGAGAACAUUAUUGAACCCUAUAUGUUCUUUACUAAUGGCAAGGACAUGUGGGCUGCUCUCGAGGCCAAGUUUGGGGUCUCGGAUGCAGGUAGUGAACUGUACAUCAUGGAGCAAUUUUGUGACUUCAAGAUGACUGGUGAUCGCUCAGUUGUUGAGCAGGCUCAUGAGAUACAGGCACUAGCCAAGGAGCUUGAGUACUUCUCCUGUGUGUUACCGGACAAGUUUGUUGCCGGAAGCAUUAUUGCCAAGCUGCCUCCUUCAUGGAGGAAUUUUGCUACUUCCCUAAAACACAAGAGACAAGAGUUCACUGCUUCGGAUCUCAUUGGGACUCUUGAUGUGGAAGAAAAGGCGAGGGCAAAAGACACACUUGCUCGUGGUGCUGAGGGUGGUUCAAGUGCCAACUUGGUACAGAAAAAGAACUUCCAGUCCCACAAGUUCAAGAACAAGGGCAAGCGCCAGCAUGGGAAGGGCGGCAAGACCGCCAAUGUUGUCAUGGGCGAUGUUGAUAUGAAGGAUGUUGGGUAUGGUAUAUUACCUACUGUUCUUUCAUUAUGUCAUUCUCCUGAUUGGUGGAUUGACACGGGCGCUAAUAUCAGAGGGACUCAGUCCGUGCUGAUGGGAAACGGCUCGCAUGCUUCUGUUCAUGGUGUUG